AUGGAGAUGAACCUGCUGAGAAGCCGUACCUUCUCUCCGCUCCCAUCGACACCCCGGCCGGCCUCCUCCCAGCGCCGCCGCCGCCGGCUUCCCUCCAUAACAUUCCUCCCGCCGCAGCCUCGUCUGCCAAGCCGAGGGGACAGGGUGUACAGCAGGGCAAUGCAGCAGCGGCAGGAGUGGGUGGGGGACUGGGUCCGGAGCAACGACACGCUUGUCCGCGCCCUCCCCAUCCUCGUCGGCGGCGCGUCACUCCUCGCCGUCCUCCUCAACCGUGCCGUUUCCGGCAUCGCCGCCGUCUCCGACGCCUCCAGUUCGCAGUCGAGGGCCGACAUACUCACCUUGGCGCUCUCUGUAACUGAUAUCCUUGCCGGCCUUGUUUGGCUGUCAAUCCGCCCAAAAACCAUUUCUCCGGUCGCUCCUCGUGGCGUCGAUUGUAAGCGAGUAGAUGAGGAUGUAUCAAGUUCUGCUCUUCGUGAACUACUUUGGACAUGGGAUUCCUUGACGGCUGCAACUUGUUGCAAAUCAUUGGUUGUUGUGUAUGGAGGUAAUUGCAAACUUCAAGUUGGGGUUGCUGCUGCCUCUCCAGAAGAUGGUAAUGCUGUUAAUGUGGAUGCGCAGAAGUUCAUGCAAGGUUCCCUUUACAAGAGUGCCAUGGAAUCCAAGAAGCAAUCUUAUCUAGCAAAUCUUGCUUUAUAUCCUGGAAGAACUGAGCUGCCAUUUCUACCAACUAACACGCAGGCCCUAAUAUUGCAGCCAAUUGGCGAUGAAGGAAUUGCAGUUAUUGGUGGUGACACUAUAAGGGGGUUCACUAAUCUUGAUCAGGCAUGGAUUGCUAUGAUUGCAGACAAGUUGGAUGCUACAUUGUCAAAGCCUUAA